GCGCGUGCGCGCUGCCGCAGCGCUGCCGGGGCUGUCCCGUCCCGUCCCGUCCCGUCCCGUCCCGUCCGGCCCCGGACGCCGUCGGUUGCGGGGGGGUGGGCGGGGGGCGACGGCGUUGGCGUUGUGGCGGGUCCGGUCUCCCCGGCACUGCCCCUCACUCUGCCUCACCGCAGCCGCUUCGCCUGGCUCCGAGUUACCGGGAUCCCGCCGUCGCUUUCAGCUCCUCGCCGCCCUCUCUCCCGGGAGGCUCCGCCAUGGCCAUGACAGGCCCAAGCCCCUGCUCCUCCAUGAGUAACCACACCAAGGAGCGAGUGACGAUGACGAAGGUGACCUUGGAGAACUUCUACAGCAACCUCAUCGCGCAGCACGAGGAGAGGGAGAUGAGACAAAAGAAGCUGGAACAGAUGAUGGAAGAAGAAGGCUUAAAAGAUGAGGAGAAGAGGAUCAGGAGGUCAGCACAUGCCCAGAAGGAGACGGAGUUUCUUCGGCUCAAGAGGACAAGGCUUGGUCUGGAGGACUUUGAGUCGUUAAAAGUGAUUGGCAGAGGAGCAUUUGGAGAGGUGCGCCUGGUGCAGAAGAAGGACACAGGACACGUCUAUGCCAUGAAGAUUCUCCGCAAGGCUGAUAUGCUGGAGAAGGAGCAGGUUGGGCACAUCCGUGCAGAGAGAGACAUCCUGGUGGAGGCUGACAGCCUGUGGGUGGUGAAAAUGUUCUACAGCUUCCAGGACAAGCUCAACCUCUACCUCAUCAUGGAGUUCCUGCCUGGAGGGGACAUGAUGACCCUGCUGAUGAAAAAGGACACUCUGACAGAAGAGGAGACUCAGUUCUACAUCGCUGAGACCGUCCUGGCCAUUGACUCCAUCCACCAGCUGGGCUUCAUCCACCGAGACAUCAAACCAGACAACCUCCUCCUGGACAGCAAGGGCCAUGUGAAGCUCUCAGACUUUGGCCUCUGCACUGGCCUGAAGAAAGCUCACAGAACAGAGUUCUACAGGAACCUGAACCACAGCCUCCCGAGUGACUUCACUUUCCAGAACAUGAAUUCCAAAAGGAAAGCAGAGACUUGGAAGAGAAACAGAAGGCAGCUGGCUUUCUCCACUGUGGGCACUCCAGAUUACAUUGCCCCUGAGGUGUUCCUGCAGACUGGCUACAACAAGCUCUGUGACUGGUGGUCGCUGGGGGUCAUCAUGUAUGAGAUGCUGAUUGGCUAUCCCCCAUUCUGCUCCGAGACUCCUCAAGAGACCUACAAGAAAGUGAUGAACUGGAAGGAGACUUUGACCUUCCCUCCAGAGGUGCCAAUAUCUGACAAAGCAAAGGAUCUUAUUUUAAGAUUUUGCUGUGAAUGGGAGCACAGAAUUGGUGCAUCUGGUGUGGAGGAAAUAAAGAGUAACCCAUUCUUUGAAGGGGUUGAUUGGGAGCACAUCAGGGAGAGGCCUGCAGCCAUCUCCAUAGAGAUCAAAAGCAUUGAUGAUACCUCCAACUUCGAUGAGUUCCCAGAGUCUGAUAUCCUGAAACCAACAGGGGCAGCAAGCACCCACCCAGAGACUGACUACAAGAACAAGGAUUGGGUUUUCAUCAACUACACCUACAAGCGCUUCGAAGGGCUCACUGCCCGAGGGGCAAUCCCCUCCUACAUGAAAGCAGGGAAGUAAAUCCCUGCUGGGACUCCUGCUGAGCCAUGGAAUUCUCUCCCUGGACUUUGGGCUUUAUGCCCAUUAAAGAACUUUUUGUCUGGUUUUUUCUUACCUAUACCUGAGGGCUCUCAGCUCCUGGAGCCUGCUGCAGCCUCCUGCUCCGUUACCAAUCCUGCUUCUUGCCGAGCAGGUUUUUGCCUUUCUGCACUAUUGGAAAGAAAUUCCACAGCAAAUCUGCCCCAGCCCUGCUCUUUCAGGAGCUGGAGUUGGGGUUUUGUCUCCUUUGGAAGUUCUUUGCCCUCAGGAGGUGAGGGCAAAGCCUUCUCCUUGCCACCUGCUGCCCACAGCAGCCUCUUCGCCAGCCCCGCGCCGAGCGACAACCUCCAUCUGCCAACUCUGCUGCUUGAGGACUUCAGGACAGAGGAAGCAGAGCAAUAAUUACAGCUGGAACUGCACAGCUCUGCAGGGAGCUCUCCUUAGAAGGGCACCACUUGGAUUGCCUUAACCUUAGCGUGCAGGGCUGGGUUGGAUGCUGCUGCUUGGAAGCCUCUUGAGUCUCCUCUCACCCUCCGUGGCAGUGGCCUCCAGCUGCCAUGCACUUCACUGUUGGUACUGAGCUGCAGGUGACUUUGGGACAGUGACCUCCAAACCAGCCCAGGGCUGGGUCUGAGGAGGGUUUUUUGGGCUUGUUUUUUAUAAAUUAAAUCCUUGUGCAAGA